AUGGCUAUUGAAGUCAAUGGAUUUGAGGUGGCACCGCCACCUGUAAAGGCUUUAGCUGAGGCGGACAGGUCUUUGCUGAUUAAGAACGAGAAUGGGAAGCUGGAGCAAGGAUUGACCCCCAAUGCGGACAUAAAGUUUGGUUCUCAUGGAGAUGGAUUGGCAAACAGCGAAGCAAAUAAAGUUUCUGAUGCAAACUUACCCAAGGAUGCUGCUGAUGAAUGGCCGGCACCGGAUAAGAUUCACUCCUUUUAUAUUCCUAAGUGCAGGUCGCACGAUGAUCCUCAGAUAAAGGUCAAAAUUGACCUAGCCGAUAGGGAGAUUCAACGGAUGAAUCAAGCCAGGUUCCAGAUCACCGACAAACUGAGAGCAAAAAGGUCCCAGCGAUCAGACAUAAUCACUCAGCUGAAAGCUUUGGGCAAUGAGAACAAGCAGUUUAAUAUGAUUGCUGAAGAAAAGAGGAAGGAAAUGGAACCGUUGCAUGAUGCUCUAGGCAAGCUCCGCAAUGGGAACAAUGCUGGUCAUGGUAGUGGCAUAUGCUCAUCAGAAGAAGAACUUAAUGAGCUCAUCCAGAGCUUGAAUUACCGCAUACAGCAUGAGAGCAUCCCAUUGGCUGAAGAGAAGCAACUUCUACGGGAAUUAAAACAGCUUGAGGGCACACGGGAGAAGGUUAUUGCAAAUGCUGCACUGAGAGCUGAUGUGCAGGGUAAAUAUGGUCAGCGAGAAGAGAUUCAGAACCAGGUUAAACAUAUGGGAGUUGGCUUGGAUGGAGUGAGGAAGGAGCAGCAGACAGUUAAGGGAAAAAUUAAGAAUCUCAGGGAAGAAUUGGAGGGUAUAGAGAAUGAUAUAGGGUCUUUGCAAGAUGAGCUGCCAGCUACCAUUGAGAAGAGGGACAAAGCAUAUGAAAACUUGCAGGACCUGAGGAAACGGCGUGAUGAGGCGAAUGCCCCUUUUUACCAAAGCCGUGCGAUUUUGAACAUCGCAAGAGACCUUGCUGCAAAGAAGGAUGUUAGUGCUCUUGAGGAGCUUGCACUGAAUGUGGCUGAGAAGUUUUUCUCCCUCUGGAACGACAGCAAGAGUUUCAGAGAUGAUUACCUCAAAAGAGUGUUGCCAUCAUUGGAUGCCCGACUGUUGAGCAGAGAUGGAAGAAUUAGGAAUGCCAACGAGAAGCCAUUAGCAGUUGCCGAGGUAACAACUGCUGUAUCCAGAAAAGAGACAACGGUGAAAACUGAAGUGACCAAGGAAACAACUGCUGUAUCCAGAAAAGAAAAAAAACUGUAUCCAGAAAAGAAAACUGAAUUGAAAGGGCCAAAAGAAGAUUUCAAACCACCUCCGCAAGACAAUGUUGCUACUGUCAAGAAUAACCGGAAAGAAGCUGUAAAGAAAGCGGUUGAUUCAGCUGCCACAUUUGAGCUUAUGGGGACGAAGUCUAAAGAGGACACUGAGGACUUUGUUGUGGUGACAUCGGAGCAGGAGGCUCCGAAAGUGACUGAAGUCGACAAAGAGAAGCUGAAGGAGAUGAAGAGGCAGGAGCAAAUUGAAAAGCAGAAGCAGGCUCUAGAAAGGAAGAAAAAGCUGGCAGAGAAAAAUGCACUGAAAGCGGCAAUUAAAGCUCAAAAGGAGACUGAGAAGAAACUCAAGGAUCGUGAAAAGAAGGAAAAGAAGAAGGUGAUGACGUGGAAUCCUGAUGCGGAGGAACUGGCUGAGGAGGCUGCCGAAGCAGAGAAGAUUGGGAAAGCUCCUGACGCUCCGGCCCCUGCGAAGGAGAAGGUUCAAAAGAAAAGUGCUUACAGAGUGAAAACUCGAACAAAAGGAGUCGAAUCGGUUCCAAAGGCCAUCCUGAGGCGGAGGAGGUCGCAGGCCUACUGGAUGUGGGCCGUUCCCGCUGCUGUUUUGGGAGCUCUGGUGGCCCUAGCUUAUGCAUAUUACUCUCUUCCCUGAGGAAGAAGAGGAGUUAGAACCGCUGGCUGGAUGAGGCCCUAGCAAACGGGCAGUUUUGCCUAUAGAAAGCUUGAACUUUGGGGGUAACCUAGUUCUUUUCAGUCCCAACAAGGAAUGGGACUUUUAACUCAAACUACUUUCAGAAACUCAGUUUGGCAUAGGACCUCCGGAUAGCGGGCAGAGUAGAUUUGCGGAUUAUAGUCAAAGUUGUUCGAAU